AUGGGAGACGAAGAGACCCACUCCUGCGAGCCCAACCAUCCGUGGCCGGCUUCUAGAAACCACCACUUGACGAACAAACUGGUAAAGCCCGAAACCGUCGCAAGCGCCAAGCUCAAGCCGGAGGAGAAGUUCGUGGAUAUAGGGGACGAGUCGUCGUAUGAGUUCAGUUGGUUCAGCGGAGACGACGUCUUCGACAGUGCUCGAGAGCCCCAUUUUUGCAGAGAGGAGUUCAGGCAACGCCAACGUGAUGAGUUUUUCCCAAUGAUGGAGGAGGACGAGUCGCUCUAUGCCAAUAUGAGGGAGCUACCGGAGUGCUCCGUCGUCUUCCAUGACGUGGGACCACGACUCGAGAUCUGCUGA